CUUCUCCCCCGCGGAUGCUUGCUGCACGUCUCUCCACCCUUGAAAUCUGGGGUCGGCUUGUCUCGCCCAGUCCCUCCGUUUCCCCAUUCCUCCUCCCGCGGAAAAAGAUCCAGCCUCAUCUACCGUUCAUGUCUCAACAGCAGAGUCUACCAGAAAUACCUGAGUCAUUGGAUCCAUGGCCACAGGCCUGGCAGCAAGAGGGGACAGUGCACUGUCCCCAGACGCCCUAAUAAAUUCUGGGCGUCGCCUCUCUGAUACUGAUGAUUCGAUCCCCGCAAAACGCCCAAGAAGGGCGUCGGACUCCCCAGUCAAGGCCUCCAAUGGACCGCGCCAGAAGAUCACGCGCGCCUGUGAUCACUGCAAAGAGAAGAAGACGCGCUGUACGGGAACACUUCCAUGUGUCAGGUGUAUGCGACUGGAUUUGUCCUGCGAGUACAAUGCCGCUUACUCCCGGGGUUUGCCUCCAGACCCCCUCCCCGCACCGCCGUCAAUGACGGACGGUCACACAUAUAGUCACGAUGCCAAGAGAAGGCCCCAAACAGACGGGGCUCUGGGACGUCGACGCUCGUCAUCUGCGCGACAGUCUCCUAGAGUACCUGCCGAUUCGCCUCAACAGCCUCUAUGUCGAAACGAGGUCUCUCAGCGCAAUUCCCCUGAUCCAGCGGUGACCGACUUCGAAGGCAAUUAUCUAGGGCCUGCCUCGGGAGUCUCCUUUCUCAAUCGAGUUUGGCGUCGUCUACAUCAGGAUGAAGGGCAUGCAAUCCCAGAUAGCCUAGAGAACGAGUCCUCUCCGAGGAACACCUCGGUGUUCAUGUUUGGUGAUAAGCCAUACUCCGACUACCGCCAGGUGACUUUCUCACUUCCCCCGUUUGAUAAAGCACGAGACCUGGUCAACAUCUACUUCGAUUUCUCGAUGGUGACAUAUCGAUUUCUUCAUCGGGGAAUCGUAGAGGAGUGGCUCUGCCAGGUGUACCUGAACAAUGUCUCCUCUGCAAACCCUCCCACGGGUCCCAUGGUAGUGCGGACAGCCAUCAUCCUUAUGAUAUUUGCAGUUGGCACGCUCUACGAGGAGCAGAAACCGGAACGUCCGGUUGAUGGGUGGUGUGGAAGCGAGCAGUGGUAUGCAGCGUCCAAAUACAUGACCUCCCUGGAGUCGGGCCCCCCUCGACUAGAGACCGUUCAGGCUAGGCUAGGUCAGUGCCUUUACUUGCUGUCUACCUCUAGAGCGAAUGAGUGCUGGUACUCAUUUGGCACUGCCCUCCAGCUCGUAACGGCGCUGGGCCUGCAUCGAAGAUUCCCAGGCAGGCUACCUAAGGGCGGGAACACCUACAUGGAGCGAGAGCUCCGCAAGCGCAUCCUCUGGAGCGCAUAUAUGUUGGACAGAUAUCUCAGCGUGAUGUUUGGUAGACCACGGUUAUUACACGAUGAAGACAUCGACCAAGACCUUCCGGAUGAGAUCAAUGACGAAGACAUGCUCCAAGAGGACCCGGAAAGACGCACAGGGUCCGCCGAUUGCAUGAUGAUCGCAUCCAUCCUACAUUUCAAGCUUGGUCGCAUCCUGGGCGACAUCUCUCGUCAGCUCUACACAGUGAAUCCAUCGUCUCGUAAUCCACCACUCGAGACGGCUGCCCGGCUCACGUCUAGAUUGGAGGAAUGGAAAGCGACAGCACCGCCGAUCUUCAACGGAGUGCGCGCAACCAGCCUCAUUCCUCCUCUUUGUAGGCAAAGCCAGGUAUUACAACUGGCGUACUCGCAUGCGGUCAUCCAUGCGACCAGAUCGUUCCUGCUCAACGACAUUUCGGAUCUGAGACGUAAGCCGCCAGCUCCUCACCCCGUAGCGUCCAACCUAGUACGCAAAUGUGUGGAAGCCGCUCGAGAGGUCAUGGAACUGGUAGAGGGCCUGGCCAAACAGAACAUUCUGAUCCAUUCGUUCUGGUUCACGCACUACGUAUGCUUCUGCGCGAUCACAGUGGUGUAUAUCUAUAUUAUCCAGCAACACCGCGACACAUACCCAAAAACCUUAUCCCCGGGCACCGGAGACGUCACUCUGAGCUCUCUCUUCAGAUUAGCCGAGACCUGCCAACAACACUUGGCAGAGGCUACACGUAAGAACUGUCCCAGUCGUCGCUACAGCAUUAUCCUAGAAGAGCUACGAAAGGAGGUUCACCAACAGGUUGGGCCGGACGCCGACUGCUUGGUCGAUCUAUCUGAACAACAACGGCCUAAAACCACCACGCGUCGGGAUGAACUGCCGAUGGAAGCGCAGCAGAUUGGCCUCAACAACCUCUACUCCCCUAUUUCACUGGACAACUCGAUGGCGUAUUCCAGUAGCUUACAACCGGCGGCAGAUUUGGCCGCACAAUCAUUCGGACCCGAUAGUGAUGUUGGCUUCAUUGAAAAUUUGGAAGGAUCAGUGUGGUGGACAGAGUUAGACUCCUGGGCAUUUACCAAUCUUCCUGGUGACCCUUUGACACUCGGGUUGUAA